CCUUUUUUUUAUUUAUUUAUUCUGAUCCUGUUCCCAUACGAACAAUCGAAGAAUCGUCACCUAAGUCACUAUUUUUUCGUCGCUAUAUUUGCAUAGUAUUUUUCUAUAAUAUUAUUUCCGACUGCGGAAGUAAACAACGCCAUUGCGUGCGUAAUAUAAUGAUAUCGGCGCCUCUGUGCUUCCAACAAUCCUCCUAUACAAUAUCCGACAUUCCGCUGUCUCAGCGGAGUUCGCUCUCCUGCUCUCAGUAUGGCGGCAGCACAAGAUAAACCCGAACCAGCUUCGGCGCCCGUCAACCGGAUGAUUGUCGACGACGAGAAAAACGAUGCCUCGAGUGGCGAUAUCCGUGAAACUCUGGUCGAAGUUUCGAGUCAAAAUCAACUUCUUCGCCACCUAGGCAAUCGCCAAAUUCAAUUGAUCGCUAUCGGGGGUAGUAUCGGUACCGCGCUCUUUGUUAGUAUCGGUGGUGGUCUAGCUAAGGGCGGCCCUGGUAGUCUCCUUAUUGGAUAUACUAUCUACGCGAUCAUUGUCGGCAUGGUGAAUAACUCUAUGGCUGAGAUGGUAACCUACAUGCCCGUGUCCGGAUCCUUUAUUCGCAUGGCCGGGAGGUGGGUUGACGAAGCAUUGGGAUUCAUGGCCGGAUGGAAUUUCUUCCUCUAUGAGGCCUGUCUAAUCCCCUUCGAGAUCUCUGCCAUCAAUCUGGUCCUUGGGUUUUGGUCAGACAACAUCCCUCCUGCAGCUAUUUGCGUGGCAUGCAUCGUGUUGUACGCUAUCAUCAAUAUCUUGGCUGUGCAGUAUUUCGGCGAGGCUGAAUUCUGGCUAUCGAGCGGUAAGAUCUUGCUUAUCUGCAUCUUAUACAUGUUCACAUUGGUUACCAUGUGCGGAGGCAAUCCUCAACAUGACGCUUAUGGUUUCCGAUAUUGGUCAGAUCCAGGAUCUUUCGCAGAGCAUAUUCACACGGGAGCCUUGGGUCGAUUUGAAGGUUUCCUCGGUGCUGUGUUCUCUGCUGGCUUCACUGUCGUCGGACCCGAGUAUCUCGCCAUGGUUGCUGGAGAGGCGGAGCGUCCCCGAACUUAUCUUAAGAACGGAUUCAAGACAGUUUAUUGGCGAUUCGGCAUAUUCUUCAUCGGGGGUGCGCUCUGUGUCGGCGUUGUUCUUCCCUAUAACGAUGCCACACUACAGAAUGCCGACACAGGAACUGCCAAUGGCUCGCCUUACGUCAUUGCGAUGCAGAAUCUAGGCGUCGGAGUACUGCCUCAUAUUGUCAAUGCUCUUAUGAUCACGAGUAUCUUUAGUGCGGGCAACGCCUACACCUAUUGCGCCAUGCGAUCCUUGUAUGGUCUAGCUUGUGAUGGCCAGGCGCCCAAAAUCUUCCAGAAGACGCUCAAGAAUGGCAUUCCCGUCUACGCCUUCGCUCUCGUCAUGGUCUUCCCUUUCCUGUCAUUCUUGCAAGUGUCGAACAACACUGCGCAGGUUGUGACAUGGUUGGCAACGCUCACCCAGGGUUCGCAGAUGAUUAACUACAUUGUCAUGAGCUUGACGUAUAUCUUUUUCUACAACGCUACAAAAGCACAAGGUAUCGAUCGUCGCACACUACCUUAUUAUGGCUAUUUUCAGCCGUAUUGUGGCUACAUUGGGAUGGCGUGGAUGAUUAUCAUCGAAGGCAUUUUUGGAUAUUCCGUAUUCCUACCGGGCAAGUUCAACGUUGGCGAUUUCUUCGCGUACUACACCAUGGCUAUAGUUGCCUUCUGCACAUUUUUUGGCUGGAAGAUUUUUAGGCGUACGAGAUUUGUCGCUCCUGCUGAGGCUGAUCUUGUGUGGGAAAAGCCAGCUAUCGAUGCGUACGAGGCCUCCUACAACCAACCCCCAACCCGUUUCCGAGACGAGAUCAGAGCUAUGUUCUUCGGGGCAAAAAAGAGGGAGAACUAUAUGGGCGAGGAUCCGAAUUAAGGCCGAGCAAUCGCGUGACAUACAGCUCGCGUCCAAACAGCAGAAGUGGUGAAAGGGCUAGCUGUAUGUAUUUUGGAUAUCUAAGGGACAAAAGGGGUUCGAUAUUUAGUGUGGGGUUGAUACCAUAAAAUGUUCAAAAAAUUUAAGUCAACUUUGAAAUCCAACUGUCGGUUAUCAGUUACAA